AAUAGUUCCAACGGGGAGGAAGCAUAAUUCUACUUUCCUGAAACACAAUUUGACAAAUUUCCGAUCAGAAUUUAACUAGUACUUGUAAUAUACCAUUUGUUUCUUAUGAAUAAGAGGACUUAGUGCAACUCGCAAGGGCUCCUUGGGAAACCAUCAUUGUUGUAAUUUUUUUACAGCAUACUAUACAGGGUGAAUCGAGUUUAAGGAUAGAGUGAUCCUCGCCUCGUACUUCUAGUUCUCUGUACAGGGCUGUUUGCUUAACACCAACAAGAAUGGCACUGAAGACGAGUAAGAAGAAGAAGAAGAUCGGGAAGAAGAAGAUGAAGCAGAAAAGCGGAAGCGAUGAUUUUUCAAUAUUCUUGACAGGCGAUAUAGUUUGUGAAAUACUAAGCAGACUUCCGGUGAAAACUCUCAUGCGAUUCAAAUGCGUAUGUAAAAGUUGGUUGUCUUUAAUCGAAGAUGAUUCAUACUUCAUUUAUUUACACCUUAUUCGAUCAAGGUUACGUCCAUGUUUCACUUUAGCCAUCCCAAGGGAAUUAGUCAAAUGGUGUUCUCCAGGAGAAUGUGACCACAUCAGGCUGCAGAAGGCGGAUAUUGUAAUAGCUGAUUUGUCAGAGACAGGAAGAAUGAUUGCAGGAGAACCGCCAAUGCUUGUCAAUGUUAGGCAGACGGUUUUGUUAAAUUAUGAUGAAGUUUCGAAGCCUGUAAACGGAUUGGUGUGUUUCACGUCUACUACGCGGCCAUAUUUUGGCGUUCGCAUAUACAAUCUCAGCACCCGAGAAUUGUCACCAUGGAUUAGAACAACAUUUCCGAAAAAGAAGAAAAGACAUGUUAACUAUCUUCCAACCUAUCAUUUUGGAUUUGAUCCUGCUACUAAGGAACACAAAGUGAUUUGCAUCUGGGAUUAUAAACAAAACGAUUCUGCUUGGUAUCAUGGUUGCUUGGUGAUGACAGUAGGUGCUAAUACAUGGAGAACUAUUGAUGGGGUCCCACAGCACUAUCUCGAACGACCAGCUGUAUAUGCGAAUGGGUCUGUACAUUGGAUCGCUUAUGAUCUUUUUCAUGGACACAUUCGUAAAUUACUCAUAGUUGCAUUUCAUGUUGGCAGUGAGAAGUUUACAACAAUUGUAGUCCCAAAAUUCAUCACUGAUCAGUUUGGUAAAGAUUUCCACCCGGUAACUCAUUUGUUGGAAGUGAAUGACCAUGUUGCUCUAUCACACGUAUUACCUCGUGGUAAUAUUACAAAGAUAUGGAUACCUGAUGACACUACUAAUUGGAGAGAAGUGACUCUUGAAUUACCUUUCCAGUGGAAUGAAAAUCGGUGGGUUGAGUUUCAUGGCAUCGCUGGAACAGAUCAGCUAUUCUUAGAAACUUAUAAUGACCGUACUGAUAUGAAGCAUCUGUCGCUUUAUUCUUACAACUGGAAAAGCAAAGCUUUCACAAAGGUGGAAACUGGUGUGUUGUACUCUUCAAUUCCCAACUUGACUGCAUUGCCUGAAUAUGAGAAGAAGGACGAGUUCUUGUGUGAAACAUUCAUCGAAAGUCUUUUGCGUGUUCCAAAUAAGUAAGCUCGACAGAGAGUUGGAUCAACUCCCAUGGUUUUAUCUUUUAUUAAUUACGAUGAAUUUUAAUUUUUAUGCCCAGCAUUGAUUUCAACUUUGAUUAUGAUUUGCUUCAUAACUAAAACUAGUCAAUU